AUGCAUGAAUUCGGGCCACCGCUGGCCGUGCCGCGCAAAACAUAUGAGUAUUGUGAUAUCCAGCAAAGAUGGACCGUCAUGAAAUCAGCCUCGGGAAACCCCAAGAACAUGCCAGAUGCCCUGGUAGUCGCAUCUUAUAAUGUUCUGGCUGAAUUCACCUGGCCACCUUGCCAAGAUCGAUAUCCGUCCUUAAUUCAGAAUCUGCUGGCGAAAACGGCACAAUCGGACAUAAUCGUCCUCGAAGAAGUUACAGAUGACUUUCUAUCCACUCUCCUGAGAGAUGGCCGGAUCCGCGUACAAUACCCCAUCUCAAGUCACGGCCCACCUGAGCAGGAUGAUCUCGAGCCUCUUCCUAGCCUCCUCAACCAAGUGGUCCUAUCACGGAUACCUUUCAGCUGGGAGCAACUCCCGUUGAAGAGAUGUCACAAAACUUCUGUCAUUGCAAAUUUCCAGGGCCUGGAAGCUCCAGGUGAACGUUCCCUGAUUCUCGCAACAUGUCACCUCUCGCGGGGCCUUACAGACGGUGCUGUCACAGCGAAACUAGCAGAACUACAAAGGAUAACGGACCAUCUUAGGAACCGAUGGGGAGAUCACCCGUGGAUUAUAGCGGGAGACUUUAACAUUGCCACAUCCCAAAUAACGAUAAGGACUGCUCUAGAGAAUAGGGCUGUUUCAAAGCAGCUCAUGGCACGCAUGUGCUCCAUAGACGAUGUCAUGCGUGGUUUUGGUUUGAUCGAUGCCUGGAUGCUCGCAAGGUGCGGGGCGGGCGAGUCUUCAGAUGACCUGCGCCAUUAUAAAGAUGUCUGGGAUUCAUUUGAAGGAGAACAGGGAGCCACCUUUGAUCCAACCGAGAACGACCUCGCGGCAAAGACGGUCGGCGAUGGGGCCAGUAACCGUCCUCAGAGGGAGAUUAAGAUCAUGCGAAGGGUGAAAGCCAAUACUGGGUUCAUGCUCGAACUUGAGGUUCACGAGAUACGAGUCGACCUCCAGUACUGUGGAGCCGCGUCAAUAGCAGAAAGAUUUAUUGAAGCCCAGCCGGAGAUCGAAGCUCAACUAGGGACAAGGUGUGAGGAGGGUAACCCAGAAUAUCAUGGGUGUAUCCUAGUUGGGCUUGAGUGGGACGCUGUGGAAGAUGGCCUGAGGACGAAAGCGGAUCUAAGAGAAGCGAAAGCUACGCUAUUGACGAUCCUCGACGCAUUUGAAAGCCGCAUACGUGGAGACAGUACGUACUACGACGGGAAGGCCUGUUGGGUAUCGACAAAACUAGUGCACCAAGGAGAAGUUAAGGGGCUUCAACUUGAUACUCGACAGUGGGCGGAGUACAGUGGCUUGGAGGACGACACCGAUUCCGACUUCGGCGAUGACUCUGAUGGACUUGAUGAUGAGAAUGAAGACGCGCAGGCUAUAGAUUCUCUAAUUCACAGGCCGGCGCCGCUGCCUUGCGUUGGAAUUAGCCAGGGUAAGCUGCGAACCGCUGCUGACGUUAUCAACCGUCUACGGUGGGAUGAAGCUCUGGAUGCUGGAGACUUCGUUGUUGGUUAUGAGGACAGGUUUGUCGGGAUAAAAGAACGCCCCCUUGAGGAUUGGACAGGCGAGCAAACUGAUGAGGAAUUCAUUCCACAACACCGAAUCCAGUAUUUUAAGCGGAGGAGUGAUGGCAUGCGACUGUGGGACAGGAAUUCCAGGACUGACCUCAUAUUCGGUAGUGGUGCGGACGGGCAACCAAAAACUGACCCUGAAUAA